AUGAGGUCAUGUAAGAAGCAGUUCGCCGACGCGAGUGGCAGCGUCGGCGUGUGUGCUUUGUGCCUUCGCGAACGAUUAUUUGUUUUCGUCGCCGCGGAGGCACAAGCACAAACUCACACUUAUUACAAACAGUUUCAGGCAAUUGAACCAGAAAGGAUGCCUCUGGAUAUGGUGUUUUCCGGUGAGAUAGAAGUUAAGGCGAAGCCUCACCUUUCAAAUGUGGCGUCGUUCUGUAAGAGCAGGUCGAGGAAACUUGCUGAUUUCACAAGGUUCAAUCCAAACCGUUAA